GCAUGCGCUUGUGCAUAUACGCAGCAGAUCUGGGUAUUCUGGCAAGGUAAAGAGCUGGUCUGUUUGGCAGGACCUUCCCAUCUGGGAUCCAUCUGUGUUUCUCUGGAACCGGACAGGCGGCUCUAAGUCAGUGAGAAAUCGCAGAUGUGAGAGAGCUGACACAUGUCCAGCUAAUGAAAAGAGAAGGAAGGGUGGUUGCAGGCUCGGCUUGAGGAUUAGGAGCCGCAAAAGGAAGACCAUUUUUUAUUUGUAUUUUAAAGAAAUUGGGUGUCUGCGACAACCACCUGAUUACUUGGGCCCUUGGGUGCAUACGUUGCUAGUGAGAAGAGGGUGGCAGUAAUGCCAGGAUCCCCCGUGGAAGUCAAAAUACAGUCAAGAACUUCUCCUUCCAGCAUGCCACCACUGCCACCUGUCAACCCUGGAGGACCUCGUCCUGUCUCCUUUACCCCAGCAGCAUUACCCAAUGGGAUGAACCAUUCUCCCCCAACACUGAAUGGGGCACCGUCACCACCUCAGAGGUUCAGCAAUGGGCCUGCCUCCUCAUCUUCAUCUUCUCUGACCAAUCAGCAGCUCCCCGCUACCUGUGGGGCUCGACAGCUCAGCAAAUUGAAGCGCUUCCUUACCACCCUCCAACAGUUUGGCAACGACAUUUCACCAGAGAUUGGAGAGAAAGUCCGAACCCUUGUUUUGGCAUUAGUGAAUUCUACAGUGACAAUAGAGGAGUUUCACUGCAAACUUCAAGAGGCCACUAAUUUUCCUCUUCGUCCAUUUGUGAUUCCAUUCUUGAAGGCCAACCUUCCACUUCUGCAAAGGGAGCUACUGCAUUGUGCUCGGGCAGCCAAACAGACCCCUUCUCAGUACCUAGCCCAGCAUGAACACAUCCUUCUGAAUACAAACACUGCCUCCCCAGCUGAUUCUUCGGAGCUGCUGAUGGAAGUGAACGGGAAUGGAAAGAGGCAUAGUCCAGACAGGAGGGAAGAAAACAGCUUUGAGAGAGAGCCGCUCCCAUCGGAGCCUCCUGCUAAGAGGGUGUGCACCAUUAGCCCAGCACCACGGCACAGUCCAGCUCUGAUGUUGCCCGUCAUAAAUCCAGCUGGGCAGUUCCAUCCUACUCCACCCCCUCUCCAGCAUUACACCCUGGAAGACAUUGCAACAUCCCAUUUGUACAGAGACCCAAGCAAGAUGUUAGAGCAUAGAGAACUGAGAGAUCGACAUAGUAUAGGAUUAAAUGGCGGUUAUCAAGAUGAACUUGUGGAUCAUCGUUUAACAGAGAGAGAGUGGGCUGAUGAAUGGAAGCAUCUUGACCAUGUAAGAAACUGCAGGAAGUAUGUCUUGGCAUUGAACUGCAUCAUGGAAAUGGUAGAGAAGACCAGGCGCUCCAUGUCUGUUCUCCGCCGUUGUCAAGAGGCUGAUAGGGAAGAGCUCAAUUACUGGAAGAGACGGUGCAGUGAACCCACGGAGCCACGGAAAGGGGGAAGUGACAUCAUCACAAGGCAGCACAGCCCAGGGAGCUCAGACUCUAUUAACAGUGAAUCUCAGCGGGAGUUCAGCAGCCGGUCAGGAGCACCCGCCAGUUAUGUCACUGAGGAGAUAUGGAAAAAAGCUGAUGCUUGUAAACAGAUGGUUGUAAACAGAAUCAUUGCAUUGUGGACAAAUGAGGCUGAGAAGGAGAAGAAAGUGACACCCCAAAGCAUCAGCAGCCAAAGGAACAAAAAUUUGCCAAAUGGCAUCAAAGCAAUGCACAUGUAUCUAGAAGAAGCUGUGAAUGAAGUGAAACGCCAGGCCAUGUCCGAAGUCCAAAAGGCUGUGGCAGAGGCUGAGCAGAAGGCCUUUGAAAUGAUUGCUUCUGAAAGAGCCCGCAUGGAGCAGACCAUUGCAGAUGCAAAGCGACAGGCCACUGAAGACGCUUUCCUAGUGAUCAAUGAGCAGGAGGAGUCUACCGAGAGCUGCUGGAACUGUGGUCGCAAAGCCAGCGAGACGUGCAGUGGGUGCAACAUUGCCCGCUAUUGUGGCUCCUUUUGCCAACACAAAGAUUGGGAAAAGCACCAUCGGAUCUGUGGGCAGAGCUUGCACAGCCAGGUCAAACCAAUCCCUUUACCAGCAGGGCGGUCUGCAUCAGCUGCUGUGAAAGCAGUCGAUGGGAUAGCAAGUCCAACUCUGGAGAAGACGUCUACCACCACCUCACGAUCCUCCACCCCAGCCUCUGUGACAGCAAUAGAUUCAAAUGGUCUCUAAAAAAGAAGGUUUCAUUCAGCACAUUUUUAUUUGUUUUCUACAUUUUAAAAUAAAAACACCUCAAAACAUGGUCAAAAGUUUGUCCUUCAGCACAAA